AUGGCCUCGUCCUCGGGGCCUGCCGUCAAAGGCGAGCCAACAAUGUCAGACGUGUGGGAAAAACUCAAGCUCGUCAUGUUCAAGCUAUGGCGCCGGACGAGCCGCCGCAUGAGAGUAACCGGUGCUUUUUUCCUCUUUCUUGGCGUCUCGGUAUGGCUCUCGCUGCCUACGAUCAAGACAAUGACGGUGCCACAAAUAUCUCUCGAAUACGCACAUUCGCCAUACAACCAUUCCAAGGUCGCCCUCCUCGUGGAGAACCGUCCCAAUCCCAUUCUUGCGCCCUUGAUGCUGCACUUCAUCUCCGUAGUGCCUCCCGAUUGGCGCUUCCGCUUCAUGGGCUCUCUCGAGUCCGUUAGGUCCAUUAACCAGUCUGUCGCUAUUCGCGAACAAGUCGCCGCCGGCAAAUUGGACCUGACCUACAUCCCCUCCAACAUGAGCACGGCUGGCCAGGAGAUGAUCAGUCGGUUCUUGACAAAUCUCUGGCUCUACGAGACGGUCCUGCAACCUGCUGAGUGGCUCCUCGUCUUUCAGACUGACAGCAUCCUCUGCGCCAACAGCCAGAGGAACAUCAACGACUACCUCGAGUAUGACUGGAUCGGAGCCCCCUGGAACCCCGGCGGCCGCUGGGGUGGCAAUGGCGGCUUGUCCAUGCGUCGCGUCAGCGCCAUGAUCGACAUUCUGAGGUACCAGCAGCGCGUUGACGGAUCCGACCCAGAAGACGUUUGGCUCGCCGAACGCCUUGCUCACCGGCCAGGAAGCAAGGUGGCCAAUGGUACCGUGUCGUUGUACUUUAGUGGCGAGAUGCACUCGGGUGAAGGCACCAAGGUGAACAAGGGUGGGGAGAAUGCGACACUCGAGGCCGCCGCCGACGGAGAAUUCGUUGAGGGUAUAGACGACUACCGUGAAGGCUUCUACGAGCCCAUGGGCUACCACACGGGUGGCAGUGGUAUCUGGCUUCACAGUCCCAUAUGGGGUACCCCGGCGCUGCGUAAGCAUAUCUGGGAGUACUGUCCCGAGGUCAAGCUCACACUGGCCAUGGACGCGGCCAAGUAUGUGCCUGGCCAUUGCAACGCAAACUGGAAGAGAGACCUCGAGGGCGAGCCUGGGACGGAAGGCGACGGCCCGGCGGAAGUGGAUGGGGAAGCGGCGGAUUCAGAAUACCCGUUUGGGACAGAGGUCAUUGAAGGGAGAGAGUACCCAAAACUGCCACCCGGUCUGGUGGCGUGGUGA